AGCCAUUGAUUGCCACCAGUCUGAUUGUGGCGGUGUCGCUACUCGUGGUGGUGGUGAACUUCUCGGAAAAGCCCUACAUCCUCCUGCAGCCUGUCUUUGGCCAGACGUUCAGCAGCAGCUGGAUGUUCUCUAAGCAGCCAUACAAAGCCUUCAAGCCUCAUCCAGGCUACGUCAGCAUCCCCAAACAAGAGCCCCUGAAGCUGAACUGUGAGCUCUGCAGCAUCGUGUCCAGUUCUGGUCAGAUGUUGGGACAAGCUGUUGGCCCACAUAUCGACCGCUCCUCUUGCAUCUGGCGGAUGAACAAUGCACCCACACGGGGUUUUGAACAAGAUGUGGGCCUACGAACCACGCUACGAGUUGUUUCACACACCAGUGUCCCGCUACUUCAGCCCCUGAAGCUGAACUGUGAGCUCUGCAGCAUCGUGUCCAGUUCUGGUCAGAUGUUGGGACAAGCUGUUGGCCCACAUAUCGACCGCUCCUCUUGCAUCUGGCGGAUGAACAAUGCACCCACACGGGGUUUUGAACAAGAUGUGGGCCUACGAACCACGCUACGAGUUGUUUCACACACCAGUGUCCCGCUGUUGCUACAGAAGCCCCACUACUUCUUUGGACAGGGCAAUGAUACGGUCUAUGUCGUCUGGGGGCCUUUACGGAACAUGAGAAAAGAUGGUAAGGGCAUUGUGUACAACAUGCUGCGACAGGCAGCAGAAAACUACCCCCACGCACGUAUCUAUGUAACCACAGAGGACAGGAUGAACUACUGCGACAUGGUCUUCAAGAAGGAGACAGGCAAAGACAGGAUCCAGUCGGGCUCCUACCUCAGCACGGGCUGGUUUACACUCAUCCUCGCCAUGGACAUGUGCAAAGAGAUCCAUAUCUACGGCAUGAUAAAUGACACCUACUGCAAGACAGAUGGUUACCGGAAGGUGCCGUACCACUACUACGAAGCAGGAAGCCGGGACGAGUGUGCAGAGUACCUCCUUCAUGAGAGUGCCCCCUACGGUGGCCACCGCUUCAUCACAGAGAAGGCUGUGUUUGCAAAGUGGGCCAAGAUGCAUGGCAUAAAGUUCUUCAACCCCCCUUGGCAGCUGUCAUGACCCGUCCUGAACCAAUCUGGAAAUGCCACAUCAUCGUGCAGAGACGGCUGCUGACUGCGCUGGAAAAAGGAGGAAAAAAACGUGUACAAACUUAUUUCUCUGCACUAAAUCUGAUCCAUUACUACUCCUUAAACAUUAGUUUCAGUUCCAAUGUGCGGGUUCUCCAGGACCUUCAGCGAGACCAAUUCAAGCCUUUUCCUGGUCAUUUAGACAAAAGAAAAUGUUUUUAAUUUGUUGGCCAACCCAGAGAGUAUAGAGAGCUCUCCUGAUUCUCAAAUACUGAAGCUUUUUCUGCAGCUUGAGCGUUAAUGCGAAAGGGCAGCUGCUCUCUGCAACGAACACAGCCAAGCAAUCUAUCCGUUUUCUGCUCUGUGAGCCGAGCAAACAAUGGAUCUGUGUCUACAAACAAAAAACAUGAAGAAACCACCGUCACUCAGCUGGCAAUGACCUCACAUUUCAAAUUUUCAGAACUUUUUAGCAGAAGGAAAGCUCUGCUCCUGUAAGAACAGUCAAGCUGUCAUGGACUUCUGUUUUCAGUCAGGCUGUAAUUAAUCUCUAACCAGCAUUAUUCAGCCCUUCAUCUUCAACCAAGGGAGUACUGACGACAGAUGCUGUGUCAACUUCAAUUUAUUCAAGUGUUUCAAAAAAAAAGUCAGCAAACAAGGUCAUUUGAAAAGCAAAAGACACCAGCGCAAUUAGCAUUUAUUACACAUUUCAGAUGAAAUGAAAGUAUUCAACAACUUUUCAAGUAGUUCUUUUUUUUAAGACUGUUAUGCUGUCUCCUUUGAAUCACACGGUUUGAAGAUGUCAGCUUUGCUGCAAAACGCUGUGACAUCGAGAUGUAAGCGACAGUUUGUUUUUUGUGGCAGCAGCGUGACAUUUGCACAGGUUGCUUAAUUUAUUCUGCUGAGAUAAAUUUCGGGCACUCUCUUUAACGUUGUGCCAUCGACCAUGUGAGCUUCACAGCACAAAGUGCAACAUGCAGUUCUUUGCUCUUUGUGACCCUGCAGAGGCAGAUGAUUGUGCGUGCAGUGAAACUGCUUCAAGUUAAUUGUAUUAUAUUAUCAUUUUGUGCCUGCAAUAUUGUCUGCUCUUUUUUGUGUGGAGACGGAGGAGGCUGUACCCAUUUAUUCUCAUCUUCUCACCUAGUCUCUCUCUCUCUCUCUCUCUCUCUCUCUCUCUCUCUCUCUCUGCACAGCAUCAUGUCAGUGUGUGCACGUUUGUCUGUGAUCAGACUUUUGUUCCUGCUGCAGUACACGGUUUAUUACAAUUCGUGUACGCUGCCUUUUAAGAUAACAAGUGGAUGUCGAUUUUUAGUGGCUUUCAGGUCAACAGACUGAGAUGUUUUUGUCAAACUCCAGCUGAUUUUGGUUUAACUCAACCUUUUUGGGCUGUCACGAAAGGAGUAUUUUUUUGUUUGUUUUUUCCUUCAGCGUUGCUACACAUCAGUCACCUUGACGAACAUUCAGAGAUGAAGCUUUGGCUUUCCUCCUUUAUGCUGCAUUCACAAUGAGAAUGCAGCAUUACAGUUCAGGUCAACAUACAGUCCAAGAAGAUGUAGGAGAAGAAAACAAACAGUGGAAUGUGUACUUAGUUGCGCUUUGGCGCUGCAUUGGGGAUGACACCUCCACCCUUUGGGGUUUUAAUUGGAUGCUUUUGCAGUGUAGCUGUACUGCUACAAAACCCUGCUGGUAACAGUGAGGGCCAAAGGUGGAAGUAACUUUCUUCUCCUUAGCAUAGUAUAGCGUGUUGUCUCUUUUGGGCGGGAUAAUAUAUUGUGAACAAAGAAAAACGCUGGGUUUCCUGUGUGCUGAAAUCCACCUGCAUUUCUUUACGUUUGAUGUCAACAUCAAUCUGCUUCGUUAAUUUAGUUACGCUUCAGGCCCACCAGACGAGCAAUGCGGCAAAUUCUGCCAAAGUGCUUCUUUCAGUGUGCUGCAGACAUGAGUUGAGAGGGUCAGAAAGCCUCAGAGUCCCUGGGAUUGUUGCAAUUUUGCGCAGAUGCGCAGCAACACAGUAGUAAAAACCAGCCUUCAUUGAAAGCUCUUAUCACAGGUUGAACAUGUUUUUUUUCUGUCUUUGUUUCACCUGCGUUUCAGCGGCUGUACGUUAGAGCGCUUCACUUUUUUAUUUUUUAACACCAAGGUGUACUGGUGUUAAAAUAAUGGCAGAUUCUCUUCUGUCUUUCAGCAUGAAAAUACCUGAAACUCAGCUUACAGGGUUCUUCUGAUGACAGCUGUAUUUUUAGAAGCAUAUUUGCUUGUGUUUGCAUCAGGAUAAAAAAAAAAAACAGCUCAACACAGCAAAGUAGGUAAGUAGGUUAUGCAAAGACGUUGUAAAACCGGUGAGCUGUUCAUCAUGUUGUCAUUUUCCUCACUCUCUGUAAGUCAAACUGGAUGAUGAGAACAUCAGCAGAAUGUAAAAAUGUCCCGUAUUAAAUUCCUUCCUGUACAGUUCAGUGGGCGCCAGACGCUCGUAACACAGGCAGUGUCACGGGGUUGAUUUCCUCUGGUAGGCACGCUAAAGAGAUACUGCAUGUAGUUUCAACAGUAUAAAAGCAGUAUGUAAAGCAAGUGUCUGUUUUAUAUUUCCUGAUAAUCAGAUCUGGGCACCAGCAUUGGUACUUUUAUGAUGAUUAUUAUUCCUGUGGACAGACACACUGAGGCAGUUAUUUAACAGUGUAUCAUAUUAAUGGCAAACCUUUUUGUAUUGCAUUUCUACUCCGAUCCUGAUUGUGCAGUCAUCUGGCAGCUACUCACUGAUUACUUUUACUUCUACUGUCAGUCUACAUUAUGUUAUAAAGCACUUCACAUCCAAAAAAUACAAAA